GACCGCUCAGCUGCGUUGUCAGACUCCAUAAUCUAGGUCAAACGGUGUACUUGGACAAGUCUUCGGAAUUCACAGUUGACGUGAUCCACGCCAUGAUUUUGAAUGGAUCGACCGACCCACCUACCCUCAAAGUCGGGCAAAUGCUAUACGCGCAAGCCCUCAGUAAGGGCGCGGUGGAUCACGGCUGAUGAUCCACCGCGCCAUGCAAAAAUCUUCAAAAUCUUAUCUAUUUGUGGAUCCUCUAUACCUUUGCCACGACAUUUUGUGGUGCUUUAUCAUAUGCCCUGGAUUUUGGUUUCCGAUAAAAACAUAUAUAGCCCAUGGUCGCUCAGCUACGGUGGCGAUGCUUUGUAGAUUGUCGGAAAAUUCUUAUGCUGCACAAGGGAAAGCUGCCCGUCUCAGUCCUUGUUAGUUAGAUUGCCAGUUAAUUUCAUUUCUACCGAAAAUUACUUGGGGGAAAAGAAUAAGAGGAGAUCGAUUCACCAUUGGCAUCCACCUCGUGGAGGUGUCGGCAAGAUGCAACCAAGGCAAUAUCAAGAACCUAAUUCGACCCCGGUCGACGACGUAAAUGCUCCAACGGUUGCUACCGUUCACAACGAUGGCUUCGAUUCCGCUCCGCUGUCCACCAGGUCCUCGUUUUCAUAUAAUAACAGAACGGCCUCAACUCCUGCCACGGGCGCACAGACCCCAGAUCCUCUCCUGGGACCCAAGCCUGUCAAUAACGAGGACUUGCUGAAAAAGCUACCGACGACGAUUACUCAGGGGGCUGAGAGUGGAGAUGAGUUUGAAUUAGAAGAGAGGAGAGGUCGAGCAGCAGCCAUUGACGGGUUGCAUAACAGGAGGCCAUCCGCCAUCCGUGGCCGUGAUAUGGCAGACGAGUCGGCAUCGCCACCCCCAAAGCCAUCGCAAGGACGUCCUCCUGAAAUACCAAGCUUUACAGCAGAGAUUGUACUUGUCAUUGUCUGCUCGGCAGGUCUAAUGCUCUUCUCGUUCUUGCUUGGCAACAUGUUGGUGGUGCAAUUGGAGCUGAAGAAAGCCCUGGGAAUCGGAAAUACCUCGCUCCCAUGGCUUGUAGGGGCCUACGCUUGCUCUAAUGGGGUGUCAGUUGUUGUAUCAGGCUCUUUGUUGGAUUUGACUCCACCUCGGCGUGCCAUUGUGGGCGCAUUUGCAUGGCUUACUAUCUGGAACGUGGUCGGCGCCUUUUCUCUUGAUCCGUCACGAGAGGUCUUGUUCUUCAUUGUAAGAGCAAUGCAAGGACUCGCUAUUGGUGUUUUGGUCUCUGGCUCAAUGAGCGUCCUUGGACGUCUCUAUAGCCCUGGUAUCCGCAAGAAUCGCGUCUUUGCUGCUAUCAGCGCUACGGCUCCGUUAGGAUUCAGUUUGGGGUCCAUUGAAGGUGGUCUUCUCCACGGAAACCUUCCCUGGAUUUUCGGUGUGAAUGCCAUUAUCACUGGUUUGUGUGCUGUCGCUGCCUUCUUCUCAAUUCCUCCUCUCCGUCCAGUUGCCGACGUGGAAGGCGCAGAAGCACCUACUCUGCGUCAGUUUGAUUAUAUUGGAGCCCUGUUUGCCAUUGCGGGCUGUGUCUGUCUCCUAUUCGGUUUAACCCAAGGGUCAGUAACUAAGUGGUCGGUAUAUACGUGCGUUUUGGUAGCUCUAGGCAUCGUUUUUCUUAUUUGCCUGUUUGUCACGGAACGAUAUGUGGCGCGGCCAUUGAUUCCCAGUCGUCUGUGGCGGACGAAAGGCUUUACCCCUCUCAUGGUGGCCUACUUUUUAGGAUUCGGCUCAUUUUUCGGGGCAUGGCAGUUCUAUGCAAUUCAGUUUUGGUUGAGAAUUCAACAUGCGACCCCUAUUGCAGUGGCCCUAUACCACAUUCCUAAUGCAAUUGUCGGCAUCAUCGCCACUUUCAUCGUCAGUCGCAUUCUGCAUCUGGUUCCUGGUCAUUAUAUCUAUAUCGUCUCUAUGUUCGCGUUUACUCUCGGCCCGGCAUUCUUCCUUCCGCAAACCCCAAAUACGAUUUACUGGGCCUUAUCCUUUCCCGGCGUAGCCCUCGUGACGUUCGGACCGGAUAUGGCUUUCGCCGCUGCCUCCAUUUUCAUCACGAGCAACGUUCCUCGAUCCUACCAAGGAAGUGCAGCCAGUCUCCUAGUCACCAACCAGAACCUCUCCUCUGCGAUUAUUACAAGUAUUGCUGAUGCGAUUGGGACUAAAGUCGAUCAGGGUCCAGAUGGGGAUGUAGGCCUGACUGGACUUCGGGCCAUUUGGUGGUUUGCGUUGGCAUGCCAGUUACUAGCUGCGCUGGUAACUGUUGUCUGGGUGAGAAUUCCAAAGGAGGAGGAAAAGGAGCAUGUCACUUGAUAUUGGCUACGGAGCAACCUCCCCUGCAUAAAUCUGCUGUUUUUCUUUUCUUCUGUUUUAGAGCAUACGAGAUAUCCCCAUGCUAUAGAUCUUCCCUUCACGCCAAGUAUGACAAGUUGCUUUUGAAUUUACUGGUAUAUAACUCUGCUACCAUUUCUGAUGGAUAUGCAUAUUAGUUUCCCAGAGUAAACAUGC